GUUCAAAUGGGGGGGGGGAUCCAGCUUCUAUGUCUACAUGGAGGGCAGAACUACACAGACAUAAGAAAACAUGGGAUUCCCAAUCCCAUGUUUUACUAGCAAGGAAAAUGCAAUGAUGGGGCAAAUGCAAGGGAGAAUCAGGGAAGAAAGAAAGUGCAUAACUCUGACUUGUAGCACAUUACCUUUUCCUUUUCCCUCCUCAACCCUUUUUCCUUUUGUGUUGUGUUUUAGAUUAAAAAUCUGUGGACAGGGACCAUCUUGCUCUCAUGUAAGGCAUUUUGGGAUCCUUUUUGGCUUAAGAGCAGAGUAAGAUUAUUUAAAUGGAUAAAAUAAUAACAACUAACCCAACCACUUAAUUGCCUGUUUUUCAAUAUUAUCCUAGUUUUCUAGUUCUUAUUAGUAUCUCUGCAGGAUCUUGUUCUGAAGAUGGUCCAAACAGAUUGUGGCAGAGAGAUUCUUAAAUUUAGGCUGUCGUCUCAUGCCCGUGGGAGUAAACCGUGGUUCACAUUGAGCCUUUGAGUCACAAAUGCGAUGGCACUGUUAAUUCAGAUUCACGCAGGUUGCACGAUAUGGAUUGGUUCAAAGCAACAGGCACUUCUGCUUCUUCACAUGGGCACGUCACCUAGAUAUGCAGAUUAUGGAAGCCAAAACAAAAAGAUUGAGAGGCAUGGCCUUCACAGCUGAUAAAUGCAAUGCACUUUUGAAGAUGAUAUGCUACUAUCAUGCUGCCUUUUAGCUGUGGAGCCAUCAGAAAAGUUACAUGAUGCAAGAUAAGGGAGAGGAUCACUUCCUCCCUCUGUGGUUUGUCUGGCUGAGUUGCUAAAAAAAGGCUGAGCAGAAUAUCCUGGCAAGCCUGCCGUCAGCAUGGACCAAGAAGUGGUGGGGUACAUUGUCCUCCUGGUCAUCGUUACGCUUUUAAGCGUCGUCCAAAAUGCCUUUUUUGCAAGCAAAGUAGAGCAGGAAAGCAAGAACAGUACGGGCAAAAUUGUUCACCGUGGCGGUACAUCUCCCUUUGAGCGAGUCUUUACAGCCAACCAAAACUGCAGAGACGCCUACCCUACCUUUCUUGCUGUGCUUUGGUGUGCUGGCUUGCUGUGUAGUCAAGCUCCUGCUGCCUUUGCGGGACUGAUGUACUUGUUUGUGAGACAGAAGUACUUUGUCGGCUAUAUGGGGGAAAGGACACAGAGCACUCCUGGUUACAUUUUCGGAAAACGCAUCAUAGCUUUCCUGUUCCUUAUGUCUGCCGCUGGAGUCCUCAACUAUUACCUGGGUUACUUUUUUGGAAGCGAUUUUCAAAUGUAUAUAAAAACCAUAACUGGUACCAUCUCCCCGCUGCUGCUUAUUCCUUAAAUCUCUGUAGAAAGAGAGGGAAGGAGGUGAAAGAGAAUGGAGGUCAGUGUGCUUAGCCAAUCAAUAUCCAGAAGCAGAUGUUAGAAAUGAACCUACAAAGCUGCUUUUAGAUUGCCAUAAAUCCAAUGCUCCUUGGGACUUUGUAGUUUUCAUUUAACACAGAUUUUUCCCCCCUACAAGAAAAUGAUUUAUUGUGCACAGUUGGCAUGUCUGUGGGAGAAGAGUAAUAUGUUCCUGUAAUUUAUCAGGCUCCCUCCUUUAAAUGGGUUUGGUCACUGAAUUCUUAAGUGCAAGGAAAAUUUUAUGCUGCCAUCAUUAAAAAAAUUUUUUUUUACAAGAUUCUAAGACAUAAUGCUUGAUUUUUUUAGUCUUCUUGAAUUUGUAAUUCCUAUGAUAGUUAAUGGCACUGAGGCUUCCAUUUUGGUAGAAAUAGAACCAGCCAUCUGGCUCAAAGCCCUAUUUUUAUCAUUAUCAUGUUAGCUUAAUAUACAUCAGAAUAAAGUAUGAUAUACAUUUUGGAACAUGCUGUUAUUUUAAUAAAGUUAUU